AUGACAGACUAUUUAAUCGAAGAUUGGGAGAAGGGUGACAAGGCUGGGCUGGUUUCGAUCGGCACCCACAAACUUUAUCUCUCUGUAUCCGGCCCUGAUCGAAAGGAAGGGGAACCUGUAGUGCUUCUUAUGCAUGGCCUUGGAAGCACUAUUUCUGAGUGGGUAUUGGUUCGUGAAGAAGUUGUCCCAUUCGCAAGGUGGGUGGAGUACGACCGAUCAGGUAUGGGCCGCAGCGAAAGCCCUGUCCAGAUCCCAGAACUCAUCUCAGCGAAAUCAGUCGCAGCAGAGCUUGAUGUGCUACUGAAAGUGUCUGAAAUCGCACCUCCAUUCGUACUUGUAUGUCAUUCUUGGGGAGGAUUCACGGGUCGUGAGCUUCUACACCUCCGGCCAAAUGACGUUGUCGGUAUGGUCCUUGUGGACCCUGUCACUGAAUUUCAAUUUGACAAGGGUAGCUGGGGAAUAUUUAGUACCUUUGCUCCCAUGGUUAGAGACCUUGAUUGGAUUGAGGCCAGUGGUCUUGCAACUACGCAUGUCUUGUCUGAUGAGCAAUGGAAGGCCGUUAGAGAUGACCAAAACCAGACACGGCACGAAGAGACCGAAGCCGCUGAAAUGCGAGGAGCUAGGGAUGAUGCACCAGGUUUGAUCUGCAAAUGUCAACUAGAAAAUCAAGCGCUGAGGGCUCACCCUCUCAGUCUGAUGGUUGCAGACCAUCCUGCUGAUUUUCAGAAGAUGUACGACGCUGGUGUCGCUGCAGGAAACGGGACACAGGAAGAGCGAGAGAUAUGCCGCCACUACCUUUCCAGAUGGAAAGAGAAAGAUGAAGAAUGGAGGAAACCCUUAUUGAAGCUCUCUAGCUUUAAUCGUUAUGUGCGUGUUACAUGUGGUCACAACGUGCACCUAGUGCAGCCGGAGAAAGUUAUGGGCGAGAUUCGAUGGGUUGUUGAAAAUUGGAAGUGA